CCGGGCCUUGGAUCCUGCGGUCUGACUAACACUGACACCGAUAUGAUCGCCGCCAUCAGCGCCCCCCAGUACGGCACCACCGCCAACCCGAACAAUGCCCCUAUCUGCGGCAAGUGUGCUCUUGUCAACGGCCCCAAGGGCCAGGUCAAGGUCAAGAUCGUCGACCGUUGCCCCGUGUGCAAGACCGGCGACCUGGAUCUCAGCCCGUCGGCCUUUGAGAAGAUCGGCAACUUUGACGAUGGCCGUAUCUCCAUCUCCUGGUCGUUUGUCGACUGCUAA